UUUAAGCCUAAACACGUUUAGAAUUGUGUUCAAAUGCCAAACACAUACUAUGAUACACAUCUUAAAUCUAAACAUGUUUAGCUAUAUAAACGCCUAAGCGGUCAACUCAGUAGGGUGCCCGUUUUUCGCGCCUCUCCAGUGAGAAGAACAAAGAGAGUGACCCGUAUGUAAAUGGAAGACGUUUCAAAGAGGUAACUAUCAUUUCUUGUAUAUUAAAGUAACACAAAAUGCAUUUGAGUACUUAAGUGAGUUAAAAACUUGGAGGCAUACUUGCGUGUUAUUAUGGACAAUCGAGAACUCAGAACUAUGGUUUUUUAUACUGUCCAAAUGCUCGAUUAUACCUGUUUUAUUGUUUCUGUAUUGUAUAAAGAAUUGUGUUCCUUUUUAUGGAGCAAAUAGACCAACAGUUUUAAAUGCAUGGGUUUUUAACGUGUAUUAAUACUUUAUAGACAUUAGUCAGUACUUUGACUGUAACAAAACAAUGAAUAAUACUCCCUAAUUUCCUCUGUUCCUUAUUGAAAGCACUUGCAAUUCAUUUUAACUUGAUAAAAAUUAUUUUAAAAAUAUUUUUGGAAAGCCAGGUAUUUCCGAAUGUUUAUCAUGAAAUCUACCGAUGUUUUAUGUCGGGCUCGAUAUGUACAUAUAUGUAGAUCGAGUUAGGUCUUUUCACAAUACAGUAUAUAACAACAUCCGGUUACAGUUUUGUUGUCAAAAUGGCAAGGCAAUUUUACUUCUUAGAAAAGAUUAUGAUAUCCUUUCAGCUUUGAACUUUGAACCAUUGCAGUACUAAUUUCUAUAGUUUACCAUGGAUUAUGUUAUUAUCUUUAUUUCAUUACAGAGGAAGACUAGUACAAAAGGCAAAAUCCAUCAAAUUAGAUAUCGAUCAUUUUAUACUAAACCACCAGAUAAAGAAUCCGCUACCAAGAGGAAGAAAUAUUUUAAUUCUUCCACCUGUAGAAGCACCCUCUGAAAGUGAUUUUACAGAGGAAGAAGAAGAUGAACUAGCAAGUUAUCUGGCUCAGGCAUUUCCGGAAUUGAGAAGUCUCGAAAGGCAUGAUCCAGCAUCCCUCAUAAGAGAUACAAUUAAGUUUGUGAUAAACACAACGACAAAAGAAAAAACUGACACUAUGCUGAAUGAACAAUCAACAAUAGAGAAUGUGUUCGAGUGGUUAUUGGGGAAAGGAAUUUCCAAAGAAACAAGCCAGAUUUUUAAAGACAACGAAAUAGAUGGCUUCAGUCUUUUAUACCUAACGGAAGAGGAUAUAUUUAGGAUGCUUCCAGGGAAGGUUGGUCCUGCGCGGAAGAUUUUACAGCACAUUAAAAAGGAGCAGCAAAAAUCCAAUGAAACUGAGGCGUCAAGGGACCACAUUCAGGAAGACACUACGUCGAAAAAAAAGGAAUACAGAGGAAUUGUUGUAGAAGAAUUCACAAAGGAUCGAGACCAAAACACUACAAACCAAUGCUCUGAAUAUAGAGGGAUAAUAGUUGAAGAGGUGGAAACUCAAGCCCAUGAAGAAAAAACAACACAUGAUGCCAAUAUUCAAGGCCAGGAUUAUACUGAUGUAUCUUCCUUCAUCCCUACUUACUCUCCACUGAUCAAGGAACUUUUAAGUAAAGGAGAGAUCUUUAAAGAAUGGGACAAGUUUGUCGAAGAAACUGCUUAUUUUAUUUUGUCGAGACCUGCUAAGUUUGAAAGUAGGGGAAUGUAUGCAGACUUCGGCAGGAUGAUGUACCAGCGCUAUCCUUGCAUUGGACAUAAUGCUUUUGGGGAUCCAUGGGGAUACUUCAACAAAAAGCUUUCUCAAAAAAUCCGAAACAUCCGUUGGAAAUGGAAUGCCCGAGGAAAAACAAACACCACUGUUAAAAAAAGAAGAGUUGAGCCUGAAAUCAAAUUGAUAGAAGAACCCAUGAGUCUAUUGGAUGCAGGCAAAAUCUUUAAGACAGAAAUGGAAAAGCCCAAGAAAGAAAUGGACAGGGCAUUGAUAAUGAAGGCUGUAAGAGGAUCGUUCAAAGAGAGAAGGCUCUUCAUCACCAAAAAGCAUGAUGGAAACCUAAAGGAACUCUUGAGAAAACUUCCAGUUCUUGGAAAGGCAGAAUAUGUGGAGAAGGAGUUUUUCUUGAUUCAACCAUCUCUGAAAAAAGAAGAAAUUGUGGAAAACUGGACAGAGACCAUGUCUCACUUGGAUGUGGUAUUGGGCUCUGAACAUCAACAAGAGGAGGAUGAUGUCAGUGUCCCCGGCACUGCUGAAGAGUAUAGACUCUUGAUGCAGCUUGAAAAAAAAAUUGCUUUUCACCAUAAAGUAAAGUCGGGGAAAAAUCCUGUUAUGAUGACCAUUAAGCCUUCAGAAAUGAAGAGUUUACCAAACAAAGAUGGUGAUCCACCGAGACUUGUAUUUGUACAAGGGGACCGGGGCAUAUGCAAUGCCUAUGUCAUUGCAGGAGGGAUACAGAUGGAGGUCAACACAAACCUAAGAGAUGCCCUCACACACCUUCUCUAUGCCUACUACGCUUGGGAUUUGUCAUAUCCCAAAAACUACCUUCUCCUUGGCUUUUUGCAAGUGUAUGUCCUUGGUGACAGGAAGAACAAAUUUGCCAUAAACCAAAAUUAUCUAAAGUUCACCAAGGCAUUUGAUGAUAUGAAAAAAUGAAUUUGACCAUCUACUUCUUUUUACUUAUAGGCUUACCGGUAAAUUAAACGUGCAAAAUCUAGAAAAUUUGGCUAAAGUUAUUUUUUUUUCCUAUUCUCUUGUCUCAAGAUUCAAAAUGUGUGUUCAAGAAAGAUUAGAUUUUAAAUAGUUUUGUACUUUAAAUUUUCAUAACUCUUUUGAAUUUAGAUAUAAGUAGUAAUUAAAUACAUGUAUAUCUUUAUAUUAGAAGACAUACCUGAUAUUUAUUGUCACUUUGCCAAAUUUGGUGUUCUGUUGUUUUUGUUUUAUAUGUAAAUAUAGACAAAAGAUUUGAUGUAAGAGACAUCAUUUGUUUCUUUAUCUUUUUCUCUUUUUUCAAAAGAAAUGUUGAAGAAUAUUUUUUACUGUGUGCAACAAUAUUAAUUGAUUGAUGAAGAUUUAUUCAAUUUAAUUUUAGAAGAAAUGCAGAAAUAUAAAGGACAUAAUGAAUUGAGACUUGCCGAGUUAGACACAUAAAUUUUAUGGUACAAAAUACUAUAAUUUUUUAGCAUUUAAUAAUUUUCAUGAAGUGAAGCAAAUGUCUCUUAGUGUGAUUUUGAUGUUAUGGUAUUGCAAUUUGCACAUACAUUUUACAAUUUUUAAAAUACUUCAAAAUUUGAAUACUCAAUAUCUUUUCGUGAAGUCGAGCACACAUCUAUGGUGUGAAGCUGGACACAUGAAUUUUAUGAUAUUGCACAUACUCAUUGUUUUAAAUUAACAUCACUCAAUACCUUUUCGUGAAGUCGAGCACAUACCUGUUGGUGUGAAGCUGGACACAUGAAAUUUAUGGUAUUGCACAUGCACAUUUAAAAUGAGUAAUUUUUAAUUUUGCAAUACCAUAAUGUCUGUGUAAAGUUGAAUAAACAUGUUUUUUUAGCCCCCCCCCCCCCCCCUUUUCAUAUAAAAUAACUUUUUAUUGUUGUACGUAUUCUUAACAUGUCCCCUGCUUGACUCAAAUUGUGUACAUGUAAAUAUAUCAACAUUCAAUGGCUUUAUAAGGAAUAAUGAAUUCAAUUUCCCAGUACAUGCUUUAAAUUGCUGAAAAUUAUGAGUAUAAUUUUAUAUAAAUAUACUAUAUAUAUGUACUUGUACAUUGCAUUGAUCAAUAAAAAAUGUAUGUGCUGUU